AUGGCAACUUUAAAUGAAAAGAAGACCUGCAGCGAACGUAUGGCCGAUUUCCGUCGUUUUGUCUGGAAUCCAGAAACAAAGCUCUUCAUGGGAAGGUCCUUAAUUAACUGGGUGUGGAUCAUCCUCUACUACCUGGCUUUCUACGUGGUGAUGUCAGGGCUGUUUGCACUCUCCAUUUAUUCUUUAAUGAGGACCAUUAAUCCCUACGAGCCGGAUUACCAAGACCAGCUGAAAUCCCCAGGUGUAACCUUACGGCCUGAUGUUUAUGGGGAUAGAGGACUACAAAUUUAUUACAACGUAUCGGACAACAAAACCUGGGAAGGUUUAGUGACAACUCUUCACACUUUUCUGACAGCAUAUACACCAGCUGCUCAGCAUCUGAACAUCAACUGCACCAAUAACACCUACUUCAUCCAGGACACCUUUGAUGGCCCAAAUAAAACAAAACUAUCCUGCAAAUUCACCACAGACAUGCUUCAAAACUGCUCUGGCAUCACAGAUCCAACUUUUGGAUUUCCAGAAGGAAAACCCUGUUUUAUUAUAAAAAUGAACAGGAUUAUCAAGUUUUACCCUGGCAAUGGCACUGCACCAAGGGUGAACUGCACAUAUGUGGUAAGGGGCGAGGAGUCGCUCCCGCUGGAGGCGGACUAUUACCCUGUGAACGGCACCUUCAGCCUGCACUACUUCCCCUACUACGGGAAAAAGGCCCAGCCCAGCUACAGCAAUCCCUUGGUAGCUGUGAAAUUUCUCAACAUUACAAGGAAUGUAGAAGUUAAAAUAGUGUGCAAAGUCAUUGGAGCUGGAAUUACCUACAAUGUUCAUGAUCCGUAUGAAGGCAAAGUGGAAUUUAAACUGAAAAUAGAAGACUGAGCAGCAACAGAGACACUUCUGAAAAAUGUAUGAACAGUAAACUUAACUAUUAUCACACUCAUCCAUAUUUAUUUUCUCACUACGGUUCCCAUAUAAAUUACAGUGCAAAGAGACAUUUUAUACUG